UCUUGUUCAGCUCCUGCACACCAUGACUGUGCAACGUUAUUGGCUGGCUGAAUCAAUGACUUGCAAACGUCUUCAUCUAUUAUGCAUGUCAGUUCACCUUUAUUGUGUUCUUGAACUCAUUCUCAGGUAUACACAGCAGGGUGAUAGCCGCUCAUUGUUAAACAGGGGACAAGCAAUCAUCUCGAGAGGAGAAAGUUAUGGAGCUGCUCGGAUCAACUCUGACGACAACCUAUGCUCGGCCAAAAACCAGCCACUUCCUCCCUGCCAUCUCCACUAUGGCAUCCAGCUAUCGUAACACUCAGCCAGCCUUGGGGAGAAGUCCCAGUGCCAAUAUGUGGAGAACAAACAGUUAUUACAAGAGCAGCAGUGCUCUCCCAUUGACCUCCUCCACACAGCGGGAUCAUUUUGAUCUGGUUCGAGCCAACACUGCUUUCUACCCCUCCAACAGGACCAUGCUGACGAACCGGUACACCCCGGACGACUGGUACAAGUCCAACCACAGCAAUUACCGGGAGUCAGAGUCUUCAAGAAAGAGUGCAGAACGACUGAGGAAAGACACCAUCAGGCUGAUGCAGGAUAGGGAGCAGCUCACCAGAAGAACGCAAGAAAACACCAGCAAGAACAUUGCAGAAAGGGUCAAUGAUAUUGUCUUCUGGAGGUCUGAGCUCAGCCAUGAGAUUGACAAUAUGGUGACAGAGAUUGCGGCACUCAGUGAAGUGAAAAAAAGGUUGGAGAGAGCCUUAGCAGAGACCGAGGGGCCUCUUAAGGUGUCUCAAGAAUGUUUGUACAACAGAGAGAAGCGGAUGUCUAUCGACCUGGUACACGAUGAUGUAGAAAAAGAUCUAAUAAAGGAAGUAGAGGUUAUAAAGUCAUGUCAGGAAAGGAUGAGGCGCCAUCUGGACAGAGCCAUUGCCCAGCUGGCGUCAAAUCGAGCGGCCCAACAUGAGUUGGAAAAAGACAUGAGCGACAAAGUAUCUGCCCAGAGGAUUGAUGACAGGUGCCACCAUUUGAGGAACACAUCAGACGGCAUCGGCUAUUACAGAGGAAUCGACAGAAUAGACCAUUCAGUUUCUCUGCCAGACACAUGGUCCAAAUUCACAGACGACAACAUCCUGCAUUCCCAAAGCGAACGGGCUAACUCUCACAAGCUCAGGGACGAGAUAGAAAUCUUGCUAAACACAACGUCCAAUGAAAUGUGGAACCAGUUCAACAACGCCAAUGUCGCCUUUACUAACCGCAUCUCAGAAACGGCUGAUGCCAAGAACAACCUGCAGGCACACCUAGCUAAGACUUUGCAGGAGAUCUUUCAGACCGAGAUGUUGAUUGAAUCUCUGAAGAAAGCUCUAAGAGACAAGGAGAACCCACUCAAAGUGGCCCAGACUCGACUCGAGGAGAGGACACGUAGGCCCAACGUAGAGCUUUGCAGAGACAACCCACACUACUGGCUUGUAGGCGAGGUGAGAGAGAUUGAAGACACAAUCCAAAAACUUCAAGAGAGACUGAUGGAGGCAGAAAACACUUUGCAGAUUCUGGUAAAGACAAAAGUGACUCUGGAGCAUGACCUGUCCAUCAAGGCCCAUUCUCUCUUCCUAGACCAGGAGAAGUGCAUGGGAAUGCGAAAGAGCUUUCCCAGCCUGCCGCGCCUGGUGGGGUAUACAUAAAAACAGAAUUUCAAACGACCAGGAUGGACGUAAAUAAGAAAUAUUCAUACUAAUUAAAGAUUAUUUAUAUAUAUGUUUUUAUUAUUAUUAUUUUUAUUUGAUCAGCAAGGUUUUAAAGGUUUGAAUGACAAAAAUAUCCUACUUUAAGUAUAUCUGGGUGUAUUUAAAAAAAAUGUUUAUACCAAACAUAUAAAAAUAAUGUCAACAUACCAAUAUCCUGUAAGAAAAGUCUGACAUGGGGAGCAGUUUAUAGUAAGCCUGUUUGUGAAAUAAGUCGAAGACAUGAUGAAUGUCUUUGACAUUUAUGUUUAUGUUCUUUAAAAUACUCUGAUUUUAAAGAACAUAAACCUAUUGAAUGAAGUACACUUUCCUUUUCAAAAGAAAUUAGUCAAAGUAUUAAUAAUAUGACAUACCAAAAGCUAUCAAAACAAGAUUUAACUCAAUUCAUUGUGAAGAAAGUCUACAGUCAAGGUAAAAAUAAAUUGGGAAAAAACUGUCUUAUAGCAAAAGUCAUUUACUGUACACAGGGGUGUCCAAAGUCUGUCCUCAAGGGCUGAGAAUUGAUUUUAAUAUUUAAUAAAUUCUUUAGCUCUCACCACGGUUCAACACACCGGAACCAAAUGAUGGAUCGUUAGUAGGUCUCAGCAGAGCAUUGACAUGGUGAGGUAGAGAAACUAAAACAUGCAGGAUACUGGCCCUUGAGGACUGAGUUUGGACACCACUGCAUGCGCUGACAAUAUUGCAACUGUCAAUUUAAUUGCACUGAGCUGAAAUUUUGUGACAGACCAAAAUAAAGUAUUUUAGAGUCGGAAGGUCUUU